CGUCAUGAUGGUUACUCUUCUAGGUCUACAUCAUAUCAUCAUCAGUUAACUUCACUAUUUACCACAACGGAGAGUAUUAUUGUUUCAACCGGUUUGUGUGACCUCUUCCAGGAUGAAUGAAUAUCAUCCCGAUAGCCACGGUCGACCCCGCCGCUCCAAAUGGGACACGCCCUUGUCUAUGGGUAUGGCCCCUGCCCCUGGCCCCGCCCCUCCUGCCCCCUCUCCGUACCCUACGGCAGCGGCAGCAGCAGCAGCGGCGCAGAUGUUGGACGGGCAGGUGAGCAGUCUUGAGGCAGCUUCGGCUGCAGCAGCUAGAAUCAAUGCCAUGCUGAUCUCCAAGGGCAAACUCAAGCUACCUCCAGGCAUUGUACCAUUAGAACCAGAUACUAAACAACAGAAACAAGUCAAGCUGCCUGUGAAGGAGGAGAAAGGCAAGAACGAAACUCUGGUUGCAGAAGUUGAAAUCAACGAAGUACCCAUACAAUGUCGCAACAUGCUCACCAAAGGAUCUACACAAGAGGAGAUCAGCAGACUUACAGGAGCAGCUGUAUCAACGAGAGGGAGGUACAUGUCAUAUGCAGACAGAGCAACAAACAAUAUGGGAGAGAGGCCAUUAUAUCUAUGUGUACAAGGACCAACUAGGGAGAGUGUAGACAGGGCUGUGGAGCACAUCAAGGCAUUAAUAGAGGGCGGUAUGCAAGGCAAGCAGGGCGGGGCCCCUACGGUUAACAGGACCCGCUCUAGGUUCAGUGCAGCCACCACUGGCCCAGCAGGGGCCGUCAACACCAGACCCCAAGGGGUACCCAUCUUCAGCCACCCCCCUGCCCCAGGACUAGGGGCACAGAUGAGGGGACCAGCUUUAGGAGGAGGGGACGUCAGGGGGCCCGGUGUCGCUGGAGGAGCGGGCGGGUUACGUGGACCGGUACCCCACCCCAUGGUUCCACCCCCUGCGAUCCAACUGGCCAUCCAAACAGCACAGUCUUCAGGGCAUUACUUACAAGAUAAAGUAUUUGUGGGAAUGGAACAUGCAGACCCGUCAUUUAGUAUCAAAGAUAAGAUCCUAGGUCCAGCGGGUUCCUUCCUACAUCACAUCCGAGCAGAAACCGGUGCCAACAUCUACCUGCGAGGGCGGGGCUCUGGUUUCAUGGAGCCCACAUCUGGGCGGGAAGCCUUUGAGAACCUCUACAUCUACGUCACUCAUCCCAAAGUAGACGGUCUACAGGCGGCCAAAAAACUCUGCGAAAACCUGGUUGUAACCAUUCAAGCAGAGUACAUGACACAUCAAAGCCAAAUCUUCCAACGAUCGGCACCAGCCAUGGCUGCUGCCCACAUGAUUGCUGCACCGCCUCGUCCACCCCAGCAGCCCUUGGCCCAGCAGGCCAUUCCACAGCAGCAGCAGCCUCCUCCUCAGCAUCAGCAGCAGCAGAUGCAUCAUCCCGCAGCUUUAGGGCUGUAUUCACAAGCUCAACCCACUGUUCCUGCUGCUGCUAGUACAGUCAUGAGUCAAACCUUGGCUGCUCAACAACAAGCACAAGCAAUCCUUGGUGCUGCUCAGAGGCCGGUGGUCAGUGCAGCGGUCAGCAUUCAGCAAGGAAUUGUCUAUCCUCAUCUUUCUGCACAACCACAGCUUGGAUUGCCAGGGCAACCAGGAUUAGCACUGCAAGUCCGGGCCCCUCAGCCUGUUCCUGCCCCUGCUCCUGUGCCCCCUCCUCAACGCCUUCCCCCGCCGCUACCCCCAGUGGGUGUUCCCGCAGCCUCUCAGGCACAGCUUUACGUGACCCAUGUUGCUGUGUCACAAGGUCAGCAGAACCUGGUCCAAGCUCACGCCCAGGGUCAGCAGAGCCUGGCCCAAGCGCACGCCCAAGCAGCUGUCCAGGCUGCUCACGCCCAAGUCCAGGCCCAUGCCCAGGCACAGCUGGCCCAAGCCCAAGCUCAGAUCCAGCUACCAGUCCAGCAACAGCCUGCCGGUGGUGGCCUAGCGAUGGGCCAGCCACAGCAGGUGCUCCAGCAACCUCUAGGACCACCUCCACAGCAACAACAGCAGCAACUCCAGCAACAACAACCGCAACCACCCCAGCCACAGCAGCCUGUUAAGAGGAGAUUCAGGGAAGACCUGCCGGCCGAGAGACCUGAGCACCAUCCACCCCCAAUGACUAAUCUAGGUGUCUCACCCCCCGGUCACAGUCCCUUGGGUAUUGCCGGAGCCAUGGCUGCAGGUCAUGGAUCGUUGCUCAGGAUGCCAGGACGACCGCCCGAAGAUAGAAGGUUGAUGCCUCCUCCGCCUAACCCACAAGCCAUGCAAGAAGCAGCAAGGAAGAGAUUAAUGCUCCCUCCAGGCUUAGAUAUUCACGGAGGUAGGAUCCCUUUGCCGGAUGAACCGCGGUUAAAGCGCGGACGCGGACUGGUCUCCUACGAUACCAGCGGAGACUCCGACGAAGACGAGGAGGCGGCUGGACGCGCCAGAACCCGCUUCGAUGCGGGGCCUCACUUUCAGGUCCCGUCAGCGGGGGGCUACAUGGCGGCACCUCCUCCCCCGAGGGGACUGCUCCCUCCAUCGUCGCUUUCGACAUCGACGGCGACGUCAUCGGCGGCAUACUACAACGUGGAGAGAAGGGAACCGGGGCCAGGGGGAUCCCCUUUCUGGAUGGCCAGGAACUGAGUUAUUUAAUAGGAGGAAUGACAAUUAUGAAGCAUGGUGCCCAUAUCAAUGAUAUUACCAUGUGUUGAGAGCCAGAAGGGUUUGAAUUAUGUAUUGAAAGAAUCAGAUGGAACGCCCUACUUGCUCCAAACAGAUGACGCACUACUUGCUUUAAGUGGUAUUUGUAAACGCACUGGGAAGCAAUGAGUCAAAGUAUGUCGCAUAUCUUGUUUAAUAUUUUGAGAAUGGGUGUCUAGUAUUAAAAAAAAAAUAGCAAAACCCUACAAAUAGUAUGGGCUUCUAUAUGUUUGCAUGGUCAGAAUGCAUCGUCAUGACAACUGCAGCUGCUUUUUCUCUCUUUAGUCAACAUCAUUCAUCAUUUUGCCUAAAAGAAUAUGGACCUACCGUGUAUGUGGCUGAUGAUGGGAGAGGGUUAGGGUUUAUGUGUUCAUUGGAAAACCUUUUAUUUUGUUUAUGUUGUACAUUGGUAGUCGAGCUUAAAGAAUUAUGUAUAGUUUGUCUUGAGAAAAUGGAGAUUUAUUAACUGCAAGGAAGAGAAGUACAAUAUAUUUCACACAAGGAAAGAACUAUUUGGCUGAACUGCUAGUUCACAAACAUGCAGAUAGAUGCAUGUAACCGUAUCCAUAAAUUCUGCGCUAAUAUGAAGAAUUGUACUUAAGCAAAUGGUAUGCAGUGUACUUCACCUAUAUUGGCUUCAUUCUCUUAUGCUGAAAAGCAAGAAACAUAAAGCAAAUUUGUGAAUGUGGAAUUUGUAUUCAUUUAUAUUUGAUUUGUUAGAUGUUGCCAUCUUUAUUUAUUGUCAGAAUUUACACCGCUGCUAGAUGGAAUAUGAAGAUGAUUUCAAUGAGUUUGAUAUUCACAAAAUUCUGUUUAGAUUACAAUCUAUAUUAUUUAGAGAGAAGAAACAGUCACACGAAAUCAACGAGCCUGCGCUGUUCUUUCGUGGCUUUGAGAAUACAUGGAUGGUGUUUUGUCUACAAAUUUCGUAAAACCAGUUUGGGUUGCCGAUGUUAAGAGCGAACUUUCAGCUAGUGCAAAGAGAACAAGCAUAUAGAACUUGCCAAUACACUCUUGAUAUUUGUUUACCCCAUUGUUUACUGAAUUCUCCAAUUUCUAUAGGCUUAAUACAGGAACCACCUGGUUCUGGGAGGGAUUGGGUUAAUAAUGACUAAUACAACUUGAUGCAGGUGAAUCAAGGAUAAGAUCACUUUCAUUUUUGAAUAUGUUUGUUUUUACAUGACUGCUUAGGAAAGCAUGUGUAUUCUUGUAAGUAAGCACCCAGGGAACCGACGGCUUAAGGUCCUCUCCAAGGGACUUGAUCACGAGGAUCAAUACCUUUCCAAGGGGCACUAGCGCAUCAUGCGACUUGGUUUUGAACCCAGGACAUCCCGGUCACAGGACCACUGCUCUACUUCUGAACCCCAGUGUCUCUUCUCAACUCUCAUCUCAUAAUGUGGCCAAUUUAAUCGACUUACAAUUUUCUACUUUCUCCCAAUGUCAUUAGUUUCAUCAUGUUCGUAGAUAGAUAUUCAUUUUCUUAAUGCUGAUGGUCAGUAUUAACAGAGGGAGGGUGUAUGAGUGUGUCGUUGUGUCCAGUAUGCCAUCAUUGUACAGUAAAUGUCAUUUCUGAUAUGAUUUGAAAUCAUAUCCAUUAUAAUUAUGAUUGGAAAGAUGCAAAGCUGCUUUGUUAUGGCAAAAUAAAUAAUGUAUCAAUUUGUGCUAAAGAAAAAAAAA